ACUUGAUCCAAAGCAGAAAUGGCGGCUGCCUCUAGCUUCGUAAAUAACGUGAAUCGCAUUUCUGCUCGUUAUUUACCGCUCUAUUUGCUCAAUUUUAGAUAUUUCCACAAAACAUGUCCGCGAAAUAGCAAUCUGAUUGCCAACAAACGUCCGAAGCACAGAUUGCAGCUCGUUCAAUCACAAAAUUGUGUAGGUAAGGUGGAUGAGUACUCAUUUGCACGUGUUUGGGGUUUUUCCUUCCCCCUUUCCGUCAUCGGUUUACUAAUCGACAAAUUGAUGAUGAGAUGAGUAAGCUUACAGUAUAAUUCGAGCCUCAUUUAGUGAAUAAGAGAAUAGCAAAGGUACUACAAAGUUUUAAACAUGCAAUUUCGAGAUUGUGGCAUGGGUAUCACUUCAGAUGCAGGAUAUUGAAUUUAGAGCAAUCAUCAAAAUUUUUUUUUCCAGAAUAACAAUUUAGCCAUCAUUAAAUCAGAGGGAAACUAGUAAAAAUUCUCUAAGAAGAGUGACCAUAAAAAAGUAGAAAUGUUGGCGUUUUUACUCAUUUCAAGUAUUUCUUACCUUUUAACUCCUUUGAGUGACCAAGACAGAAUUUUCCUAACAAUGUCAGUCCAACAUUAAGCAGAUAAGUAAUGAAAGAAAAGAAACAUGUCAAUAGGGGAUUGAUGAUUGAUUCAAGAACAAUUCCUCUUGACUAACAUUAAAAUUGUAUGGCAAACAGAUGGGAGAUUUACUUAUGAGAUGUGAGAAUGAAAGGGGGUAAUAUAAUAAAUUCCAAACCAAAAAAGGAAUGCAAGAGUCAGUGACCUUGAAAAUCGUGAUUUACACAAUAAUUUUUUCAAUGAAAUGAAUUGCUCAGGCCUCUAGAGCCUUAGGAUGUUCUGCAAAUUCUGCUGGUCAAACAAAUUUGUUUAGAUGAAGGUUGCUCAAGAACUCUGCUUUUUAAUUAAUGGUUUUAGGCUAGUGAUUUUUUAUGAUAUGGUCAAUCACUCUAAACUCUUUGAUCUUUUAUUUCAUAUUUUUUAUGUGCAAAUUUCAAACUAUUCUAAUCUGGUAAUAAUGAAAAAUAUGUAGAGAAUAAAGAUCAAAGAAAACCUGUUUGAAAACCUGUAGGCCAAGGAAAAGUUUGAACUGCAACAUACAAAAUAAUAUAGAUAACUGUAUUUCUCUGGAGGUAAGAGCUAACAAUCCAAAGAGACUUAUUUUAUCAGACAGGUAUUUGGUGGAUAAACCAAUGUUAUACUUCCCUACGUCUAAUAAUUUAGAUGUUACUUAAGAACCCUUAAUAUUUCAAAAGGAAAAGGUUUUUGCAUUUGUAUGCCAAUAGUUAUUUCCUGCAAUGGUGUGUCAAAAGUGCUUGUUUUUCUUCUGGUCCCACUACUUUUUUUUUUGUUUAGGGAAGUAGCCAUGUAAGUACACAUAUAAUUGUUCCAAUAUGAUCUCAUGCUAAUAUUUUUAUGUCUUGGAUACUAAAGAAAUGAAAAACUGAACAAAUUUGCUCAAAAGACCUUCUAUUUGACUACAGUAGAACGCUGUAUGUAUUUUUUAACUUGAACACAGUUAUGCCACUUUCAAUUACUUGCCUUUGUUGACAGAAGCAUCACCAUGAUUACCACAGGUCAGGAAAAAGUCAGGGAAAAAUAAAAUUCUUCAAAAUUAGGGAAAAGUCUGAGAAUUCUACUUUGAGUCGGACAAUAUCUUUAAAAGAAGUCAGAGGAAGUGAAACUUCAAGUAAAUAUGAAGUCAUUCAUGUUGUCUUAGCCCUCUUCAUGAUGAAGAAUAAUUUUAUACACUAUAUCUACACAGGCAGCCAUUUAGUGUCUGUUGUAAGGAUAAUUCCAUGUACCCAGUGUUUUUCGCAUAAGGGAACCUUAAGAAAAGGGAAAUUUGUUAUUGUUCAGUGUUUGUUAUUUUUAUUGUCUUUCUAGGGUUUAGAGGUCCCCAUGUGAGGCUCUACCCAAAGAUUUCCUGCAGAGCUUUUUCAGAAAAUCCUACUGAUAAAGAUAAUUUUUCAAAGGUGCUAAAAAGCAAUAUCAAUGUAUGGUUUAGCAUUUUUCAUGGUAUUAUAUAACACUAUUAUUUAAUUCAGGUUUUGUAUUAUAGAUUGUGAACUGAAUUAUGAAUCAUCAUUACAAAAUCAUUCUUUUUUAAUCUAAGGAAGAAGAUUUUGAAGAAGGUGAUACUGUACAUGUUAUAAGGGAAAAUGAAAGAAUUAUUGGUAAGUUGAAACUAUAUCAUAAAUAAUGGAUAGUAAAAAUUUAGGAGUAAUAAUUUAUUCACAGAGAUAACUGAAUUGUUUGGUUAAAUUCUUUGUAAAACAGAUGCAUUAUAUAUAUUACUUGUGGUGUCAUAGACUAAGAAAUGUUCAUGUUAUGUACUAGAUGGUUCUCAGCGUGCAAAAAUAGUUACAAGCCUGGAAGAAUAUACAUGUAUGGGUGCUUCCAUAUAAGAAGACAUAGUUUAGUAUUGAUUUGUUAUCUGACUCGUUUUAGAGAAAAUAAAACUAAGCAUGUAAAUGUUGCAUUUCAGUGGUCCUUGUUGAUAUAUGUGGUAUUUCUUGAUCCUUGCUAAUAAAAUUCAGCAUGCUCUUACUUUUAUUUUGAGUUACCCACAUGAACCAAUAGGCUGAUCUGGAUCUCAACCUACAAAUCAACUCAAGUUAAAUUUGACUCAGUUUUAAAUUCUGUCAUUGGUACAUUGGCUGGGUAUUGUACAUAUGUCCUAUUAUUUAUAGAACUGAUUAAUUUAACAUGAAGAGUGAUAUUUGAGAAACUUUUUGGAAACCUGUUCCAUCCAUAAAUGGCUGAAGAUAUGAAAUCACUUUAAAAUAUCCCAAAACAUCCCAGUUCAAACAAGUUUGCCACCAUCGUUCAAGCUCUCUCAGAAGGAACCAGAGUUUGUUAAAAAGCAAAUAAAGUCUCUAAAAGUGAAAAAAUCAACAGGCAUCCCAAGAUUACCAGCACGACUUCAAAAGGAUGGUUCAGAUGCAAUAUCUGAGCCCCUUACCUUGCUUAUGAACAGCUCUUUACGUGAAGGCUAUGUAUCAGAUGAAUGGAAACACACCCUUGUAACACCCAUACAUAAGGCUGGAAGUAAAAGUGAUCUGUCUAACUAUAGACCCAUAUCUGUUCUGCCUGUAUUCUCCAAGAUCCUUGAAAGAGGGAUACACAAAAUGGUUUAUGACCAUCUACAGCUCAACAACUUGCUGUCUCCUUCACAGUCUGGCUUUUGCCCUCUCCACAGCACUUCAACCUGCUUGACCCAUGUAACUAACACCCUUUUACAGAAUAUCGAAAAAGGAUUGUUGACUGGACUAGUAUUUUUAGAUCUUAGCAAGGCUUUUGACACUCAACCACUACCUUCUUUUAGAUAAAUUAGUGCAGUCCUUUGGUUUUUCUACCUCUGCCAGACAAUGGUUUUUCUCGUACUUAACCAAUUGUUCUCAAAGUGUUUGUGUUAAUGGGAUAGUUUCAGAUCCUCAAAACGUUGAUUUUGGAGUCCUCCAGGACUUUGGGGCUUUAGGGCCCCUUCUCCUUAUAAUGUAUAUUAAUGACAUAUCCCAUGUUGUUAGAUAUUCUAAUGUUGAGCAACAUGUUGAUGAUACGCUUCUUUACUUUCGUCUAGAUUAGGAAUGUUGGGUAGAGCACGAAAGAUCUUGCCUCAAUCAUCUUGUAUCAUUUUGUACAACACAAUGAUACUCCCCCUUUUUGACUAUUGCUCAGUUGUAUGGGAUAGUUGUGGGGCUAUAUCUAAAGGGUAUCUUGAUAAGCUUAAUGGGCGUACGGCUAGUAUUAUCUUAAAUAGGGCUGUGAGUGAAACAGAUAUUGUUUGUAUUCUUGGUUGGCCUAGCCUUCAGUCUCAUAGAGACUAUCUUAAAUGCAUGCUGGUCAAAUCUAUGAACGGCUUAGCACCUUCCUACCUAUUGAGUGAUUUUACUCAAGCUAAGAAAUAUAAUACCAGGCACUGGGAUUUGAUUCGUCUUCCUUUGGCCAAAAGCACUAAAUAUCAAGGCAGUUUUAGAUGUAAUGGUGGGUGCACUUUUAAUAAUCUGCCCAAAGCAAUAAGAUUGCUGGAAAGCCUUAAAACUUUUAAAACUGAGUGUAAGCGGUUUUUUAAACAGAUUUAAUUAGUUAUGUAGACUUUGUAUGUAUUUUCUCUAAUGAGUUUUACUUUUGUCUGGCAAUUUUAUGCGUAACUUUGUAUUGUCAAAUUUUGUUUUUGCAGGGCUCUCUUUAAACUAGCUAUGCUAAAUGUGAUGUCCAUGUUUAAAUAUUGAUUAAGUAAAUAACUAAAUAAACUUAUUAGUUUAAGAAUGACAGUUGGGUUUUAUUGCUUGUAAGCCAGUUUUUCUUUCAUAAGUUUUGUAGCAGAGACUAAAAUGUUUAGUCGUUAAUUGCUUGAUCAAACAGAAUCAAAACAAAAACCGGUUCUGCUCAGAGCAGGCACAUAUACAGUUUUGUGGAAAGUUUUUAGCAUAUGGAACUACUAAUUUAAUGAAAAAAAAAUUGUAUGUUUUCAUGCCUAGGUGAAACCCAAAGGCAUGACUUUCAAGCAGAAACCAGACAGUUAUUGGAUAUUGUAGCCAAGACACUCUAUUCAGAGAAAGAGGUGUGUGUAGAGAAACAACACUCUUUUACAUGAAAAUUACCAACUGUUACAAAUUUAUUUUUAACAACUUUUACAAAUCAUGCACUUCAUAAUUAAAAUUAUGGAAGAGAUAGUUGUACAAAUGUACAAAUGUACAUGUAUGGUACUUAAACUAAUACACUGAAACCUUCCUGACACAAGAUUUACAAAAUGAUGUAUAUUUUGUUUGCUCUCUGCAAUUUGAUAAUCUUAAUAGAGGAAAAGAUAAAUUUACCCUAGGCACAUUUGGAUACUGUUUACUCAAGGAUUAAAAUUCUAGCAAUGAUGUUUGGUUAUAAAUUAUAAGUAACUUACUUUCUUAACCUGUAAUAGUGUAGUUUGAUUGUCCGGGUGAGUGUAGUCCUUAGAAGGACUGUUGUCGGUAGUGGUGACUGACGUUUCGACAACCUGAGCAGAAGUCAUCAUCAGAGUCAAGUGAAAGGUUGUUGUCAGUCGAAUGUAUUUAGUCUGGUUUGUGUACACUGAUUGGUCAGUUUUGCUGUGAUGUUAUUGGCUUUAAGACUCAAGUGGCGUAGGUCAGUCGUGAUUGGUCGGUUUGGAUCCAUUAGUGAAGUUAGGUCAUUCUGCUCGGUUCGUUUGUAAUGUUAAUGUUGUGGAUGAGUUGUUUGUAUGGUGCUGGUAGUGGUUGACACCUGUUGAGGAGAGUCUGUUCCAAGUUAGUAAACCAGCUUUCCAGGGUCAGUCGUUGAAGGUAGUUGGUGCUGUAGGUUAGGCAUUGCACAGAGUCCCAGUCAAUAGUGUGGUUCGUAAGUCGGUGAUGUUCAGCAAUGUGAUUGUUGACAUUGCCUUUCCUCAUCACUCGUUUGUGUUCAGUCAGUCUAGUUGUGAAGUUUCUGCCAGUCUCACUGAUGCAGGAGGCGUGGCAGCCGGAGCAAUUGAUCUUAUAUACUGCUCCUUGUCUGUUCCUCGGUUUGUCUCUGUCUUUGAUGUUAGUCAGUAACUGAUGUAGUGUGGUAAUAGGUUUGUGAGUGACGCGUAUAUUGAAUGGUUGUAGGAUGCGUGAGAUGUUCUCAGAUAUGCCCUUUAUGUAUGGUAUAGUGGCUGUAGUCAUAGUUGUGUUGUCGUUAGCUUCGGUAGUAGUAGUAGGUCUAUGAGUGUUAUGUUGGAUGAAGUCUUCAUUGUACAAACGACUCAUACAUGACAUCAAACUACACUAUUACAUGCUACCCCCUGGUUCAAACCAUUUACUGUAUUUCUUAACCUGGCGGAGUGCUUUCACGUCUUGCUCUGCCUUCUGUCAUUGACACAGGACAAAGAUGUAACAGUGACCAUUACACAAACACCUUUACCCUCCUUAAAAAAAGGCUCACACCUUACCUGAGCAUCAUUUGCCUAUGUUUUCUUAAUUGAUCAUAAACUAUAUCCAUAGCAAUUUUUAUUCACCAUAGGUUUUUAUUCGUGAAAUGAUUUCCAAUGCAUCUGAUGCACUGGAAAAACUGCAAUACCAGUUCUUGACUGGAAAAGGUGUAUUGGAAAAUGAACUUCCUCUUGAAAUAAACAUUGCAACAGAUCAAGAUAAAAGAACUCUGACAAUCCAGGAUCAUGGCAUAGGAAUGACAAAAGAAGAAUUGUUAGAUAAUUUGGGUACUAUUGCUAGGUCUGGAUCCAAAGCUUUCCUUGAGGAACUGGGUAAACUGGGACAAGGAGAUUCACGGGGAAAAAGCAUCAUUGGACAGUUUGGUGUGGGCUUCUAUUCUUCAUUCAUGGUGGCUGACAGAGUUGAUGUGUUCACUCGUUCUUUUUCUCCUGACAGUAAAGGAUUCUUAUGGACUUCCAAUGGGUAACAAAAUAUUAAUGAUAGACACUCCAAUUUUUGCUCUCAAUCAAAUUCCAUUUCUGUAGUCAUAUUUUCCCAUCCAUUAGAUUUAACUGAUAUGUCAAAAAUUGCAUGGGACUUCAACCCUUUUAAUCAUUUUAUCACUUAUCCUAUUAAUCAUUUUUCUCCCUUUGUUUGUCUCCAUUGGACCACAUACAGUGAUUCAGAAGUAGUUACCUACUGCUUCACUAAGUUUAUUCUGUUGAUGCAAAAGGUAUAAUUAUUGUGUAUUGCACAAUAAUGCUGUCAAGUUAAACAGAUUUUUUUAAAUUAAACACACCUUUCUUUUGACUAUUUCUUUCUUUGGGAAUUAAACAAAGUCAUUGUGAAAUUUAAGUCAUUCCCAAUUGUUUCAUGUAUGGAAAAUGUUAAAGAGUCUCUUGUAAAGAGAUUAAGAAUGGAUGUGGCAUGAAACCUUGUAUAUAUUCAUGUAAAUAGGAUAAAACACACCAAGCUUAUAAUGAAUGAGUUGCCAGUAAUCAGAUCCUUGUGUUUCUGCAAAGAUUUCUGGGAUUGCCAUGGGACAAACAUUUCAACUUGCUUAAAAGAAGGAUAGUGAAAGGUAGUUUUGAUGUCCAAGAAAACAAAUUUGGUGAGAUAUCUGUUUUAUCAGAAAUGGAUUUGGGUAAUGUUGAUGGGAGGGAAGCACGAGGUUUUUUUUUUCCACAACCUUGAAAAAUUUAAUAAAAUCUAGCUAUAUCUAGCAAGGGUUAUGGUGAAAUUGACAUUUUGUAAUGAUCUACAGCGUAGAAAUAUUAGCUACAUGUAUAAAUGGCCAAGAAAUAACUCAGUAAAGCCUUUUCAGUUUUGUUUACAUCUGUCAGUUUUAUUUACAGAAGUCUACUUCUAUCUUUAUUCUUGGCUUGAUAAUACAUGGUGUGCUUGAGCAUUAAAUAUUAUUAUGAUAUGGUUUAUGGUCAAGUCGCCCGGAAGUCAUUUCACCUGAUGUCGUGUCAUCCAAAAUUUUAGUCAAGUUACCCAAAUUUUAUUUUAACACUUGUAAACACCCAAAGUGGUACUUUUUAGAAAGUGCUGAAGGUACCAAUCAAUUUAAAAACCUUUUUGGUGUAUUUACUUUUGUUAUUAAUCCUUCAAUCAAACCUUUAAAUUUCUCUUUAAACACAAAUGUUCAAGGUCCCCAAGAACUCUAAUUGAAAAACAUUUUAAGGGAGACAGAUGUAACCAACAUAAACAGUAUUUCUGUAAUUCAACCUAUGAUAGCAUAGUAGAAAAGUGUUUAACUAGCGACAACUACCCCUAACAAACUUAUUGCAAAACUAGUGAGAUAAAUCCUAAUGUGAUCCUUCAGUGAACUAACUCCUAACUAAAAAAUAAACUUAACCAAAUAAUUGGUACGGAUUGGUCCAUGUGUCAAGUGAGAGAAAGCUUUUAGUGGUCUUCUUGUUGAAAUUUUAUCCAAUGCAUAAUCUUCUUAAUAGCUAAUGAAAGAUUUUUGCUUAUCUGAUCUUUUAAGUAUUUGUUUGCUUGGGCAACUUGCCUUUUUUGGGGGCAACAUGACUUUGGGCAGGAUGACGUUCAGGCAACUUUCACUCCAUACUUCCAUCUAACAACUUGCAAUGUUUUCCCCUGUGGCAAUCCCAAAAAUCUUUGCACAAACUCUAGGAUCCAGUUACUGGCAACUUAUUCAUUAGUCCAGUUUAUGUGAAAACAUAUGUAACAAUUCGUUAUUUGAAUUUUCAGGUCUGGUUCAUUUGAGAUUGCUGAAGCAGGGAAUGUAACUCGAGGCACAAAAGUGGUCAUGCAUCUUAAGGAUGAUUUUAAAAAGUUUUCAAUCAAAACAACAGUUGAAGGUUGGUGUGCUAAACUCUUCACAAUGAGCAAUCUUGUUUUUAAUGACAUUCUUGAAAAAAGCAUGAGGCGCUAAUGAUGUUAAAAAUAGGUUUAAAAUAAUACACUAUUCAAGACUUACAUGGAGGUGUUUUUUGUUGUCAUUCAAAUGGUAUGCCAAAUUUGAAAUCUAUGACCAUGCACAAAAUUCAUGCACAGGACAUUGUAUAUAUCAAUGCUUAUCAUUUCCUCUCACAGAUAUUAUAAAAAAGUAUAGCAACUUUGUGGGUUUCCCUAUAUAUUUGGAUGGCACAUGCAUCAAUACAAUUCAGGUAUGUUGAAAUUAUUUGGUUUUUUCUUUCAUUUUGUUUUAGUAACUCUAUUUUUUCGUUUAUGAUAGUAAGGGAUGUAAUAUGUAGAGGUAAUCACAUUAUUUAGAAUGCAAUUUGAGAUAAAUCAGCAUGAGUAGAUUUCCCAAAGACUAACCAUAUUGCACGAGCUUGUGAGGGAUGCUGAUUUAUCCCAAAUUGCACUCGAAAUCAUGCAACUCCUAGUGAUUAAUAUACCAGGAAAAUAUGACUAGAGCUGUUUUCCUUUUAGUUGUCUCUAUUUCAUGCCAUGGCUCACCAGUUACACUGCUUACCUUUGCCUUGUUGCUGGAGUACGGUAUUUACUCGUGUACAAGUCGAACUCGUGUAUAAGUCGACCCCCAUUUUUAAGUUUAAAAAUCGGGUUUUUCAUCAUUUCUAGUCAAAGAAGUAAAAUUCAGACAGAUAGAAAUUUCCCAAAAGUUAAUCUCUCAUUUCUGGGAAUGUAUUGAAAACACGGGGAAUUAAAAAACUGCAGAGCAAAAUGUAACCAAGUUCUUUGAAGUUUAUCAGCAAUUAUUUAUAUCACCACAAUUUAAGCACACACGAACACUUUGAUUUAUCGGAGAAGUAUUUUACCAUAUUUUGUAAACCACAUUGAAAAUGAAAUCUUCUUGCAUUUUAACAAACCUUUAUCUUAAUAUUGAGUUUGAAAGGAGAUUAAUUUAGGUAAACCGAAGGAACAUCGAAUAGCUUAGAAGGAUCGCGCGCAAUAAGCAAGACCGCGCGAGACAACGACAUUUGCCAGGUUAAUAAGCUACUGGAAUCAUUCGAAGAAAUCAAAAGUUCAGUACUGCAAACAACUGCGAAACUGUGAGAAAAAAUGUCUGUUCUACAACCCAAAGACGCAGUAUAAAUCAGUUCUAGUAGCUUUGUGUUAAGCCACUCAAAAUAUAUUAUUUCAAACUCUUUUUGUGGACGAAAAAUGCGCUGAAAAGUGACGAAACUCGAACACAAUUCGUACUGGUUCUAUAAUCUCAAUUUUCCUUGCGGACUUCAGGCAAUUGUUAUGCUAAUUUCUUGGGCUGCUUGGGUCAGGUCUUUGUGUAUGACUCGUGUUUAAGUCGAGGGUUUUUCUUGGGCUGAGUUUUUGGUCCUAAAAGAUCGACUUAUACACGAGUAAAUACAGCUUUUUCCUUAAGAAUUUGCUGCCAACUUUUAAAACCUUUCUCAAGAAUGAUUGAGCGUUUGUAUUCUUUCUCUGUUGGGUGUCGGUCAACAGCGGUAACCAUCGCACAAAAGCUAUCACACUCAUAAACUUCCAUGUCAGGAAAAGUCAGGGCCUCCAGCUCAUACCCUCAUGUCUGUCUGUAGAAGGCAGACUUCUUGCCAGUUUUUCCUUUGUUAGGUGUUUUCUCCCAUGAACUCUGAAUUAAAAGUCACUACUUCCUACUCACCUGUCUGCCAUUUUUUUGUUGUGCUUUUGCAACUUAGUAAUCAAUUCAAUCAAUUUAAUUUUUAACUUCCUGCACUCAAAUUUAACUUUCUGCACUGUUUUGGAUUGACUUGUUCUCAGUCAAUGAGUGUGCUUAAAUUUUAUGUGCUUGUGUACAUGUAUUGUUAGGUACAUGUAGGUGUACAUGUAUCUUGAAACCUCAUUUUCUGUCAGUUGUUAUUAGGCCCAUGGUUCACUUUUAGUGCCACAGCUAAAGCUUUAAUUUAUUGGAAGGUGAUGUUCUCACCAGAUAAUUGAGUAAUUAAGAUACAGUGAGGUGGUUCCAAGAAGCUUUUGAUUAAAUAUAAAGGUAUCACCAAGUCUCUGGCACGCUUAGUUGUAAUUGUAAUCACUUUUUCUUAUUAAUAAAAUUUACUUCCAUUUAUGGUGGGUUGUGUGAGCAUGAACCCAUAUUUCAGUAAAAGGCUAUUCAUACAUGAUGGCAUUUGAAUCACUUCCUAAGAGUGCUGUCAUCUAUGUAUCCCAUCCUUGAGGUAGUAAAAAAGUAUAUUGAGUUGAUUUGCUAUAAUUUUUCUGUUUUCUCUUCUUCAGCCUUUGUGGAUGUUGGAUCCAAAUGCUAUAAGCUCUCAAGAACAUGAGGUUUGUAAAAGAAAUGACAUUUUACAUUCACUUGAUGAUUUAUUGUUAAAUGUGUCAAAUAGAAUGGGCUCCCAAAUUCUGAUUGCAAUUUCUAAAUUAAAUUUAGUUAUGUAGCUGUCGCAGUCAGCAAAAUUAGAAAACUCACUGUAUCUUCAUUUAGUGAAAAGAAUGUAGUAUAUGUCUCUCUUACAGCCAGAUCACGUGAUAUGCAGUUUACUUCCCAGGAUAAGUACAUAAAUCAAGAACAACAUCAAUUUGAUCUCACCCAUUCAUGAUUUGUGAUCAGAGUAUUGUAGAUCUACAAAAAUUUGCAAAAGUUUCAACUUUUUAUCAUGAUUUUUACAUUUUUUGCUUACAACCCCUUUUUCCUACAUUACUUUCUGCAAAGGAUGUUGCACAUAGUCAUUGCAAGUGGUGAAUAGUUUUAUAUUGUUAAGUAGUUUGUGUAAAGCACAAAAUUUCUGUUUACAGGAGUUUUAUCAGUUUAUUGCCAAGACUCACGAUAGGCCAAGAUACACGCUCCACUACAAGACAGAUGCUCCUUUGAAUAUUCGUAGUAUAUUUUACAUUCCGGAAACUGUACCACAGCUGUUCACAAUGGCUAAUACAGAAUAUGGUGUAUCUCUGUACAGUCGAAAGGUUCUUAUUCAAUCCAAGGCACAGGGGGUUUUGCCAAACUGGUUGAGGUUUGUAAAGGGAGUGGUUGAUAGUGAAGAUAUACCACUUAACCUCAGUAGAGAACUUCUCCAAGAUAGUGCUCUUAUUACAAAACUCAGCCAAGUUUUACAAUCUCGUAUUGUCAAGUUUCUUCAGCAGCAACAAAAGAAGGACAGAGUGAAGUUUGAAAACUUUUUCAAGGAUUGUGGUACUUUCUUUCGUGAGGGAAUAGUGAGCAGUAACAAUGAAGAUGAAAAACAAGACAUAGCCAAGCUUUUGUUAUUUGAAUCAUCACAGGAAAAGGCUGGGGAGUUAACCUCACUUUCUCUAUAUGUAUCACGCAUGAAACAAACCCAGCAAUAUAUAUACUACUUGUGUGCCCCAAGGUAAGGUGAUCCAAUUCCAUCUAAACACUGCAACAUUUUUUACCUCUUUGUAUAUUGAAAACAAAACAAAAAUUGACUGUAAUAAAACUGCAUUCAUUUUGAUGCCUGUAUUGAGUCCCUUUGGAAUGGUAAAGUGGUCUUAAUGGUGCCUGUUGUAAAUUUAAUGCUAAGCCAAGCUCAAUCAACACUUUCAUCUGGUAUAUUUUUGUUCAUAGUCUUAUAGAAAUAAUUUUACAAGUUUAUUGAUUAACUUAUUUCGUAAUUAUGGUUCUCUGCUACAGUAAUCUCAUUGUUACUUUUGGCAUGGUCAUUAGUAGUAUGGGGUUUACAAAAUUUUACUUCAAUUACCUUACUUUGAUUUUGUAACCACUUAAUUGUUAAUUUAAUUGGACACCAUAGCAAAGUGCGAUAAAGAAUGUCAUGCAGAGAGCUUUUCAUGUAGAGUCACAUCAUAUCACUAUUUGUAUUAUUAGUUGUUAAUAGGCAUUUUUUUGUUUUCAAGCAUUCAUUUUUUGAUUCUGUUGCUAAUGAAUGAAACCAGUUCAUGAUCAUACAGGACACAAACAGUUUGGAAACUUACCAUGACUGAUUGUAAACAUUAUAACAAACCUGAUCCAAACUUUACGGCAUCAUUUCUUUACUGGAUUUCCAGGCCAUGAUAUAGAUAGCAUAGUCUUUGUUUGUGAGACUGCACCUCAGUGAUUUUUGGAAUAUGUCAAAUUCAUUUAACAUUCCGUUAAAAGAGUUUGCAUGUAACUUUAGUAAUAAGGAUGAAGUAUUCAAUUGUUUCAUAUCAUAGUAGUUGUCAUCAUUGUUUUCCUAAUUUUCAGUCGUGAGCUUGCAGAGACAUCCCCAUACUAUGAAGCACUUAAAAAGGAUGACGUUGAGGUGGGUUUUAUGAUGCGUUAGAUGAGUAGCACAAUCACCAUGCCCAUAGGGGGUUGACUGCAAACUUUCAAUGAUUUCUUCUGUUUUACAUUUUCAUUGAAGCCAAAUCUUUGCUUACAGGUAAAGUUGUUCUUAUUGAUUAUAGUAAAAGCAAAAAAUCAGAAAACCACAUUGCUGUCUUUGAGAAAAUACCCGUGAAAGAUGAAAGAUCGAGCCAAUUUUGGUUGUAACGCGUAACACAAUCUCAGUGGUAAAAUUUUUUAAAUACAUUUUUCACUGAAAAGACAGCUCGUUUGAGCAAACAAAUUACACCUAAUGAUAACACGCAAUAAAAACUCUAUUUGAGCAAAACUUUGACAUUUCAAGUUUAUUAAAACGCAUAGAAAAGAUUCAUCAUUCUUAAGCAUCCUUUGUGUAACGCUGGGUUUCAGAAUUUGGAAGUACACCAAGUUGUUGUCCGCAGAAUGACUGAACUGGAAUCCUGUGGGAACAAAAACACAUUAACCAAAUGCUCAUACUUGGUGUUCUAAAAUAGCGAAAAAUCAGUCUAAAGGAUUGACUAUAAACGGAGAAAUAUCAGUGUAAAACAGUCGCUACGGUUUUGUAAAACCUGAUUACGCAAUAAUAUUUUUCAUCAACUUACCUGCUCCUUCGCUACUAUACUUCAAACACGGCAAAGUCGGGUUUCGAAAUCGAUUACACUUCAAUGCUCAUAAGUUUUUCUUGUCAUUUCCAAGUUUUCGGGUCCAUAUCUUUAGAAACGGCCAAAAUAUUCACUUUUGACCGAGUCGCUACGCUUUUUACCAUGUUGACGCCAUAUUGAGAACGGAGUCUCGCCACAAAUGCCACCAAAAGCGCUAUGAAAUCUGCUGUUUGCUCCGCCACUUUCGCCUUCAUCUUUUCAUCUCCGUGUCGAAAAUAGCUUGAUAACCUUUCCUAUUUUGGUUUCUGCGACGUUAUCAAGGGUCGGGGGUCUUCAAGCUCAAUAAUUUUUCUGAGAUUUAGCCAUCUGUAAAUAUCGCUGCAAGUGCGCUUGACAAGAGGUAUGGUUAACGAAAAGGAAGAAAAGCUUGCGAGGAUCAAAGAGUGGAGGAGGAAAAAGCAGGAAAAGAAUAGGCUAAGGAAUCUAAAAUAUAAUGAAAAGAAUCGCAAAAAGAGAGCUGAAUUUCCAAGAGAAAAAUGGUGAUGUGAUCUUCAAGUUGUAAAAAGAGGCAGAAAGUCAGUUUUUAGAGUGCCAGUUGAUCUUACUAGGGAGAUACUAGCCUCCAUGUAAUACGUAUAGGAAAUCGUAUGAACGCGAGUGCAUUUCGUGAUUUAUGGGCACGAGUGAUGUUUUGAAAGUUCUCAAAAUUGCACGAGCCGUAGGCGAGUGCAAUUUGAGAACUUUCAAAACAUCACGAGUGUCCAUAAAUCACGAAAUGCACGAGCAGUUUCAUACGAUUUUUUAUUUAUUAUAUUCUCGAUUUUUUUUAAAUUUGGUUUUCAAAUUUGGCGCUUCCCCGGUGUUUCCAUGGCAACUUCUCCGUAUUGCACUCUAUAACCUCUAUUGCACUCUAUAACCUAUUUAUGCAUUCAUCAUUGACCAAUCAGAAACGCGAUAUUUUGUUGAGUAUAUAAUAAAAAAUGUUAUUAUUUCUACUUUUUACUAUGUCAGUGAACUUGAAAUUAAUUAUUUGUGAAAAAGACCACACCCACAAGGGAUUAUGGGUAAAUACAAAUUUGAAUCAAAUGUGACAAAAAUAAAGUAGUUUGAAAUAAAUCAGUUGUAAUAGUAAAUGUGAAUUUAAAACAGACCUAAAGAAGUGAUUUUGUCCCAAACUAGCAAUUUUCACAUUUUCCAUACAUGUUACAGAAGUGGGUAUGGUGAUUGUGCUACUCAUCUUAACAUGCACAUACACUUUUACUAGGUAUGUUUUUUCCCAAUGUAUCCCACUUUUUUUCUACAUAAUGCAACAACCUUUUACUAUGCCUGAGGAGGUGUGACCUUGUCUUGCAAUGUUUUCAUGGCAAUACUGUAGGUCUUGCACAUGGUAGAAUUUUACUGAUGUGGUAUCUCUGCAGCAAAGCCAUUAUGUAUAUUUCUAUACAACAAUACUCUUGAAGUUCCCACCUUUUUAUGAGUGACUAGCAAGUGUCUUUGCAUUUUUCUUUUUUGUGGCUUCUCUGUUCUCAUGUAAUUAUAAAUUUUAAAAAUUUGAGUUGUUGCUGUUGUUGGUUUUUUGUAUGAGGUGGUGUUGUAUCUUAUAAUUAACAAAAUAUUUGUUAACAUAUAUCCAUUUUUGUGGUGUGGCUUGAGUAUUUGGUGAGCUAACACAACACAAUGACUGUUAUUAUGUUUUCCUGUUAGGUAUUGUUUACCUAUAAUGAACAAGAUGAUGUAACUUUGCAUUACCUUAGUGAAUUUCAUGGGAAGAAAAUCAUAGCUGCAGAGAAUUACUUUUCAGUUGAUAGAGAAGUACAAUCGUCAAUAUCAACUGACACAAUUGAUGCAGACAACACAUCUGGUUUGUAUUUCAACCGACUUAGUGUGACUGGCUCAAUUCUGGUAUCAUAAAGCUCUCAGCUAAUUUUCAAAUGCUUCUUUCAUAUCAUAAAGUAGAAUGGAUAUCACACCUAUAGACAAUAGUUUUACGCAUGUAUAAGUCAAUUCAGACCUACAUCCCACAUGUGCUAAGACACAGAAGAUAGACAGUAGACACAGGACAGUGGAUUUUGUGACAGAACUGGAUUAAAAAAUUCAAAAUUGUCACAAAAUUGUUUAUCAUCUGUGUUUUAGUAUGUUCUCCCCUAGCCAAGUGUCAAAUUGAGAAGUGACUUCACCAAACACACUUAUCAGCUUUGCCAACAACUUUACCUUCAAGGUUCACUGCUUCAAUGUAAAUGGUAUCAAAAAUACAAUUUACUAAGCUUAGUCUUUAAAAGUUGCACUGUUAUGGGAAGACUGAAUUAAAUAGUUAACUGUUACCAUAAUAACAUAUUGCUAAAUGAAUGUGAUUGUAGAGAUUUUCAAACUGACAUUGUGUGUGGUUAUAUUCAACAAGUGUGUGGUGAUUAUAAAUUUGAUGCAUGGAUUUUCAAAUUGAAUGGAAGUUUUGAUGUUCAGAUAUAACUUGGGUUACUAAGAAUAUUUGUUAUUCCCCUUUAAUCAUAAGAGAGGCAUACGCUUCCGACAGUCAGUUGGGAGAGCUCUGUUUUAAAAUUAGCCAAUGGUUAUUGUCUGACUAGUUACAUGGAUAUAAUCUUUUCUCCAGAUUCUCUAUCAGAUGAGCAAGCUAAAGACUUGGCAGACUGGAUCAGUAUAAUCUUGGGAAAGGAAAAAGUCCCUGUAGUUAAGGUUUGAAUUUUUUAAUGUGGCCUAAGUCAUUGUUUUGAAAUUAUAGAAGGUGCUUUAGUAAAGCAGCCCUUAAAUCAACCAAAAUGACAACAUUCUUAAGAGAUUGUGAAAAGUGAAGAGGUCCCCUGCAUAAGCUUUUUUUUAUAAUGGUAUGCAAUAAUAAGAUUGAAUUGCUUAAUACCAGCUAGAAGAAGUUUAGAGCACUUUACUUAAAUUGUCAAAAGGUCACUUGCUGUCACCAACCAUACCAAACCUUGGGUUUGAUUCUGGUCUAAUAAUAGGGCUUAAGAAGGCAUCUUUUAUGGUCUUUUUGUUUAUUUUAGGGGAUUAUGCUCUUUUGUUAAGAGAAAAAGAGUUUAAAGUAUCAACUCUAAGCCAAACAUCUCAGUGCAAAAUUUGAAAUUAUCAGUACUGGAUUAAAUGAGCAUUAUAACAUGCUUCUGUGGAGGGGUAAGGAUGUUUUUGUCAAGAACAAGUACUUACUUACCUGAUGAUGGAGGGUAAAUUUGCGUAAGCACUGCCACAUAGGGCAAGGGGUUAAAUUAUACAACAUAUUAGAUUCAUAACUCAAGCACUUUCACGCUAUAUCAGUCUUAUGUAGAAGCUGAAGUAAGAAUUCAACAACUGAUUCACUAAAUAAGUUAUUAAUAUUAAUAAUUUAACACACGUCUAAACUAAAAUUACACAUUUGUGCAUUUUAAAUCAUUCUGCCUCUUCAUGAAAAGCUAGGUAUUUUGUGCUUUUUGUUGCUUGAGCCAAAAAAUAACUGUGAGUUUCAAAAUUUCACCAACCCUUUUCUUCAUGAGGGUGUGUCAGCAUAAUGUAAAUGGAUGGGAGAACACAAUGCAGUUCCAUUUUCUUUCAUCCUUGAUUAUAUUGUUGAUAAGAAGUUAUCACUUUCAUUCAAGGUGUUAAUCAGGUGUGUUUAAUGCACGGACAGGUAUCCAAACAUCUUAGUAAGACCAGUCAUCCUGUGAUGGUCACUGUGCCUGACAUGGUGGCAGCUAAACAUUGGCUCAAAGUUAUGAGAGCACAGCAACACCAGGAUAUUGACAAUACCAAGUACCACUUUUUUCAACCCACAUUGGAGAUAAAUCCUAGGUGUGUAACUAAGCCAAAGUUGAUACCUUUACCAGUAUGUGUGCCCAUAUAUGUGACUUCCUACACUUGAUUAAAGUUGUCUUCACAUCAUAUAUGUCAAAUCGUUAUUCAUUGCUGUGAUUCUCCCAUUGCUGUGAUUCUCUACUCGAUUUUAUACGUCGGCGAGUUGGCAUCGGCGAGUUGGUCCAUCGGCAAGUUGACUGGAUACCGGAAGAACUGUUUUAAAAGGUCUCUAGCACUUGUGAGGCUUCCUAUCCAUUAUAAUUUAAAAACAGAGGAACAAAGUAAAGAUACUGAUGUUUUGUAUGAACAUGAUUUUAUUGUGUUAUAUUGCUCAACUUAUCUAGUGUCACCCAUUGCUGUGAUUCUCUAAAAUAUUUUGUCCUGCAGCCAUGAAUUAAUCAAACAACUGCAAGAAGUUCGGUCAGUGAAUUUAGAUCUAGCUGUUAUGGUUGUUCAUCAGGUGGGUGGAGCUCUAUCCUGUUAUUGUGGUGUUUAUUUUUGUUGUUGGUAAAAAAAUUAGCCUGCAAACAGGCCCUCAUUAUUAGAGUUUUGCCAGGCAUCUGGCACUAAUAAUGAGUGCUAGACCCCUUACAGACUUCUCGUCAGCUUGCAUUGCUUGUUGCUCAUGCCAAAGCACUAAUACUGAGGGCCUGCUUGCAGGCUAGUCUAAAGAUGUUGUUGAUGACUCAAAAAACUGAUACAGAAAAUUUGGAAAGUGAAGUGACUGGCAAGGACAUAGUCUUGCUCCAUAUGCAUGAUGAAAGUAACACUACUAUUUAUGGUAUUGUAAUCAGUUGAAUGUUUUCUUGCAGCUGUUGGACAAUGCAAUGAUAUCUGCAGGACUACUUGAUGACCCAAGGAGCAUGGUGAGCAGACUGAACUCUCUAUUAGCUCAAGUGCUUGACUCAGCUCAUGGAACUGCAAAACCUGAGUGACCAUCCACUUUUAUUACACCUGAUCUGAUCACAGCAUAGCUGGCACAUUGUCUCCAGUGUGCCAGGAUCCAGAAUGGGAUCUGAUCAGGAAAAAAACUACCCUGCAGUAUGCCUAACAACCAGGAAGAUAUGAUGCAGACAAAUUGCAAAAUCCUAUUACAAAAAUAUGGUAUUUAAUGCUAAUGAAUUAUAUCUAGGUCAGGAUUUUUUAUGUAUAGGUGUGUCUUAGUUAAGAGUCGUGUGUUCAGUUCUUGUAUCAGAGCAAUGGUGAUUUCAUCAGGAGUUUAUGAACUUCAUGUUGCCCUCAUGAUCUUUUAUUAAAUGUAGUAUUAGUGUUAAAUGUCUUUUUUUCUGAGAAAUAUUGAGAAUAGAUACAGAGCAAACACUGAUAACCUGUUACUGAGUUGUAAAGAAUAGCUUAUUCAUACAUUUACUUAGUUGAUUGGAGGACUGAUAUACAUGUCAAAUAUGAGUACCUCACUUAACAUCAAUAAAAUGUGUAUUGUCAAUGAAUUCAAUAGUUUUUGUGGAACUAAAAGUUUUAAUGACAGCUGCAUACUGUAGCAAAAUCGGUCCUUAAGAUACAUUUUUGUGAUUAAAGUGAUUUACUUUACAUGAAACUACCUGUGGUUACUUCUAGACAGUUUUGGCAUUGUGCAAACAGUCCCUUACCUGUUAUAAACCCAAGCUGUCUCAAAAACUUAGGGCAUUUUCCUUCCUAAAAAAUAUUGAUGUCACAAAGGAUGUUCCAAAAUAACACAGCACUCAUAAUGGUAAAUUAACGGGGUGGGGUGCAAAUUUGCAAGGUAAUCACACGAUUUUGCAUGCAACUUGGAAUAAAUCUGCAC